AGUGGAGUUUAGUGUUGCAAAGUCACGUUGACCGGCGCAUUAUGAUAAAAAUUCUUCCGUUCGAAGGCCAUGCUGAUAAUACAAUUCUUUCUCUCUUUUAUUCUCUCUCUCUCUCUCUCAAUCUCCUGUAAAUGGUUAUCUAAGGCGAUUCAUUCGUUAGAACUACACCAAUGACCAAUGUACUUCACUGUUUGUACCCACCGAUUUACUAUACGACACGCUUCUCAGUGGUAACCGAGAGUCGCAAGCUCGCGGUCGCAUUUAGUUGGCUCUCGUUCGCGUUCGUACAGUGACAAAGCGUAAACCUUGUCGAAUAUUAUUGACAGAAUUUACUUGUUCAACGUUCUUACUUCUUGGAUCCGUGUGAGAGAUUUCUUUUUUUAAAUAAAUCUCAUCUCCCUUUUCAUAGAACUUUACAAGUAGCAAAGGAACGAAAAGAAAAAAAGAAGAAGAAACGUUUGUUGAUUUGCAUUUGUAAAAGAAAAGAAUUUCUAAUCAAAAACAAAAUAAUUAUUUCUAAUCCAAACAUUUUCAUCGAUUACUGUUCCAAUAAGAAGGACAUUCUAGCGAAAUUUAUACUAGCUUUUUGCUCCCUGUUUCUGAACAAACAUUAUACGGUAUCGGGUGUGAAUUGAAAAGAAAGAAAGAGAAAAAAGAAACGUAAAUCGGUGAUGCACGAUCUUACAAAAUUGGAUGGCGGCGAUGGCGGAGCCAAGCUACUUAUGAAGGGAAGAGAUACACAGGCAUUCCGUGAAAGAACCAAGAGGGAUGCCCUGAUCGAACUUCAACGGGAAUUGGAGAAACUCGAGGGAACAGCUACUACAGGAGAAGUUAAAGAGGAGGUCCACCGGCAAUUCGAAGGAUUCACCCAUCUCUUCAAGAGAUUUCUGCAAGAAGAAGGACCCUCGUUAGAAUGGGAUCGCAUACAAAAGCUUCCCGACGAUGCGAUAAGAGAUUACAAUUCUUUGCCAAUGCCGGAAGGAGAAGAGGUGAGAGCCCUGUUAAAUAAAUUGAUUGUUAUCAAACUAAAUGGAGGGCUUGGAACUAGUAUGGGAUGCCAUGGACCAAAGUCUGUGAUAGCAGUUCGCAAUGGACUUACGUUUCUUGAUCUGACCGUUCAACAAAUUGAGUACUUGAAUAAAACCUAUAAUGCAAAUGUACCUCUAAUUUUGAUGGAUUCCUUCAACACCGAUGACGAUACACAAAGAAUCAUCAGGAAAUAUAAAGGAAUAGACGUUGACAUUUAUACGUUUAAUCAAAGUUGUUAUCCUCGUAUCAACAGAGAUUCGUUACUUCCAAUUGCAAAACAUUGUGAUAUUGCUGAUGAUAUCGAAGCAUGGUAUCCUCCUGGCCAUGGAGAUUUCUAUGAAAGUUUCCGAAAUUCCGGUUUAUUGAAAAAAUUUUUGAAAGAGGGUCGUGAUUAUUGUUUUAUUUCGAACAUCGAUAAUUUGGGUGCUACGGUAGAUUUCAAAAUUCUAAAAUUAUUAUUAGAUAAAACUGAAACGUCACCUCUUGAAUUUCUUAUGGAAGUCACCGACAAAACGCGGGCCGAUGUCAAGGGUGGAACAUUAAUUAAAUACGAGGAUAAGCUACGGCUCCUUGAAAUCGCACAAGUUCCAAAAGAUCAUGCAGAUGAUUUUAAAUCUGUGAAAACAUUCAAGUUUUUCAAUACUAAUAAUUUAUGGAUCAAACUCAGCGCGAUUGAAAGAGUGCUUGAAAAAAAUUCUUUAAAUAUGGAGAUUAUUGUCAACAAUAAGACUUUUUCGAAUGGCUUAAACAUAAUUCAACUAGAAACAGCUGUUGGAGCUGCGAUGAAAUCGUUCGAAGGAAGUAUUGGUAUAAAUGUACCACGCAGUAGAUUUUUACCAGUAAAAAAGACUUCUGACUUGAUGCUUGUUAUGAGUAAUUUAUACACUCUCCGUAAUGGUUCGUUAGUGAUGAGCCCGCAACGCAUGUUUCCUACAACGCCUCUUAUAAAAUUAGGGGAUAAUCACUUUUCUAAGGUUAAAGAAUUUCUUACCAGAUUUCCAGCUAUACCAGAUCUUUUGGAGUUGGAUCAUUUGACGGUGUCUGGUGAUGUUACUUUUGGUAAAGGCGUAACGCUUAAAGGAACGGUUAUUAUUAUUGCUAAUCACGGAGAACGAAUCGAUCUCCCGUCGGGCACAAUUUUAGAGAAUAAAAUUGUUUCUGGUAAUCUACGUAUUUUAGACCAUUAAAUGGAUAUAUUAUGAAAAAAUUUAUUUGUUGUACUCAAAGAAAAAAUGCCUAUAUGUACAUUUAUUUAAAAUUAAAAAUCAAAUAAAUUUUCAACUCUAACUAUGUAAAAAUUUUAUUUUAUAAACUAAAAGUAAAUGUUGUUUUCAUAAAACUAAUAAUGAAUUGUAUCGUUAGAUUCAA